AUAAUUUUCAACUCAUUUUCAUAGAGCUUCACAACUAUAAUACAAAACUCUGAUAACUAUAUUUAUCUAUAUAUGUGCAUGAUAAUUGUUGAUUAUUUGAUACAAUAUGGUUGAAGAUAAUUGAAAAGAAACAAAUGACAUUGAGUCUUUCUUUUUAUAUUCUACUUGAGAAAUAAAUGUUGAAUUAGCUUCAAUGUUAGAAAAAUGCAAUCGAGCAUAUGAAUGUCCAACAGUUAAAAUGAACUUAAUGAAAGAUCAAUAUGAACGUCGAUUAACUGAUUUAAACAGUGAAUGUACAAAUUUACAAAAUAUUUCUCAAAGAGAUUUAAAGAAAACUAAAGAACAAGUUAGUGUUACUGUUCAGGAACUCUUUUCACUAACAUUCUUGAAUUUAUCAGAUAUGUGUUAUCAGUGA